AUGAAAGACUUCAACCGUGAUUUCUUCGGCGAGUAUUCGUUUACGUAUGAAAACGUCGAACAGCAGAUGUUCCAGUUGACUCCUUCUCCUACUGCAAUCCUGGAUGUGUUAUGCGACCGAUUCUUGCCGAAGAAAAUCUCCGCCAUCCUGUACGUAACGAACGACGAGACGUACGGACGCAACACCGCAUCGUCGCAGUACUUCCUCCAGCUCGCCGGCUACCUCGGUAUUCCUGUCAUCGCCUGGAACGCCGAUAACUCUGGCCUCGAACAGGCCUCACACACCGGUCUGAUCCUGCAGCUGGCUCCCUCAAUCCAUCAUCAGGCUCAUGCAAUGCUGUCCAUCCUCGUGCAAUACCAGUGGCAUGCCUUCACCAUCAUCACCAGCCAGAUAGCAGGACACACAGACUUCGUUGAAACUAUCCUCGAGAAAGUCAAUCAGUUCUCCGACCCCACUGACACGUCCACCGCUAAUUUCAAGUUCACAAUCAUCGACACCAUCACGGUGGAGCGAGCGGAGGAUGACCUGACGCGCGUCAAGAACAGCGAGGCGCGCAUUCUGCUGCUGUACUCGACCAAGGCGGAGGGCGAGGAGAUUAUGCUUGCUGCUGAGAGCCUCGGACUGACGGGCAAGAACUACGUCUGGAUUGUGACGCAGUCGAUCAUUGGUGAAAACUUGGAGGGCAAGAACGCGUUUCCUGUUGGCAUGCUUGGGGUACAUUUCGACACCGACACCAUCGCGCUGCAAGCAGCGAUCGUGAAGACGAUCAGAACCUUCGCCUACGGAGUGCAGAGUUUCGUAGCGGACCCACGAAACUCUCACUUCAGCCUCGUACCCGAGAUUUCCUGUCAAGGCGAUGCCGGCGCCAAGUGGGAAAGCGGCGUACAUUUCUACAGGUACCUGAACAAUCAAACAAUCGACUACGUGAACUUCUUGGACGACACCGACCAGAAGAAAGGCGAGCGCCCGCCUGUGCGCUUCGACGCAGAUGGCAACCGUCUGGACAUCGAGCUCAAGAUCAUGAACCUGCGCGACGCCACAGGCGGUGUCAACAGGGCUUGGGAGGAGAUCGGCACCUGGCGGUCGUGGGAGACAUACGGGCUUUACGUGAACGACAUCGUGUGGCCGGGGUAUAAGCACGUGCCCCCGCCAGGAGUGCCUGAGAAGUUCCAUUUGAAGAUUACGUUUAUGGACGAGCCUCCCUACAUCAGCAUGACACCCCCAGACUCGAACACGGCUCUCUGCAACGCCAACAGCGGCGUCAAGUGCUUCGUCUCGCCCAAGGAUCCGCCUCUUGGAGCAAUCAACACGACGACGACCAACAAUGAGACGGCGCACUACAUGUGCUGCUCAGGCUUUUGCAUUGACUUGCUAAAGAAGUUCUCUGUAGACCUUGGCUUCACAUACGACCUGGUGCAAGUAGAGGACAAGAAGUGGGGCACCAUCGAGGGUGCAAAGUGGAACGGCUUGGUCGCGGCGCUGCUGAACCACAAGGCAGACAUGGCGCUGAGCUCCUUCAAGAUCAACUCGGACCGCGAGAGCGUCGUGGACUUUACGGUUCCUUUCCUCGAGUCUGGGAUCUCCAUCGUGGUCGCCAAGCGCACCGGCAUCAUCUCGCCCACGGCCUUCCUCGAGCCGUUUGACAUGGCAUCGUGGAUGUUGGUGGCGUUCGUGGCCAUCCAAGUAGCAGCCCUGACCAUCUUCCUCUUCGAAUGGCUCAGUCCUGAGGGCUACAACAUGAAGGUGGCGCCUCCACGCGACCACAAGUUCUCCCUCCUGCGAACUUACUGGCUCGUGUGGGCGGUUCUGUUCCAGGCGGCUGUUCAUGUCGACUGUCCUAAGGGAUUCACGGCGCGUUUCAUGGCAAACAUUUGGGCGAUGUUUGCCGUGGUGUUCCUGGCCAUCUACACCGCCAAUCUUGCCGCCUUCAUGAUCACGAGAGAAGAAUUCCACGACCUGUCGGGCGUCGACGACCAGCGGCUUGCCAACCCCUACAUGAGCAAGCCGCCCUUCAAGUUCGGGACGGUCCCGUUCACAAAUUCUGACUCGGUGUUCGCGAAGCACCUGCCUGAGAUGUACUCGUACAUGAGCCAGUACAACCAGAGUCACCCCAGCCUCGGCAUCCUCGCCACCAAGAAAGGGACCCUGGACGCGUUCAUCUACGACGCGACGGUGCUGGACUACCUGGUGGGGCAGGACGAGGAGUGCAUGCUGCUCACCGUGGGGUCUUGGUACCACAUGACGGGAUACGGCGUCGCCUUCCCCAGGGGGUCGAAGCACACGGCUAACUUCAACAAGCGCCUAAUGGAGUACAAGAAUAACGGUGACAUUGAACGACUCCAGAAGUUCUGGUUGCACGGCGCCUGCCGCCCCAAGAAAUCCUACAAGAGAGCGUCUGAACCUCUGGCGCUGGAACAGUUCCUGAGCGCCUACCUGCUGCUGCUGUCGGGCGUGGUGCUCGCGCUGCUGCUGCUCGUCCUCGAACAUGUCUACUUCAAGUAUCUCAGGAAGCAUCUCGCUAAGAAGGACUCGGGGGGCUGUUGCGCCCUUAUCAGCCUUAGUAUGGGCAAGUCUCUGUCAUUCCGAGGCGCUGUGUUCGAAGCAACGGACAAGCUGCGCCGCCACCGCUGCCGCGAUCCGCUCUGCCAGACGCAUAUGCUCCGGGUCAAGUAUGAGCUCGACAGAGCACGUUUCAAAAUACGACAACUGGAAAAAGAACUUGAGUCCCACGGAGUAAAACCCAGUCGAAAGUUCGCUACGAGUCUUGGCACUCCGUCAAGCAGCCGCGGCGGAGGCGUUGGCGGUUACCCGCAAGCUCUUCGUCGUGGUGAAGGUUACGACCGUCAGUCAGCAGGCGGGGGAACGUCUCAUCCUAACACCCCGAGCGCCACGGUACGCGAGAUGCUAGCCAUCCGCGACAUGACGCGCAACAACAUCAUCACAAAUGACCCGAACAGAAGAUCAUACUACACGCAAUCUUCGUCCUCAGCGAUGUUGUCACAUCAGUCAAGCGACGUGUCCCACAUGACGAGCCUCUCGCCCACCAACGUGAGCACCACUGGUGCUCUUAUUCUAGAGGGGAGUUUAGGUGACAGCCCGGGCAGUGUGCGGGCUGUGCCCUGCGCCAGCACGACUUCCCUCAUCUACCAAGACGCGGCUGAGGCCGCUGGCUUCCUCAGAGGUGCUAAUUAUAUGGUGGCCGCUGGACCUCGCCACAGAUCAUCCAUGGUGGACAUGCGAGAAUUCAAGGAGAUGGAAACCGUGCUAUAA